AUAUAACAGACUAAAAACACAGAUGACUUUCACUGUUACCCACACACUACACUGGACAUUAAGAUAAAGGGACUGAUAAUUACUCCACAACUAUUGGCCGCCGGUGGUUACACACCCGCCCUCACAGAACACCUAUUACGGAGCAUUACCUUGUAGUUAUACACACUAUGAUCGUGUGACUGGGGUGAACAUGCAAAAAGCCAAAAGAUUUCUUCUCCAAUUAUGUACUAAAUCUGUCUUUAAAUGGUUAUUUCUCCACUUGAGGUGUUUGCAGUGAAACUUUAGCACGACCUCAGUGGCAGUGUAUAGGGCAAUACACAGUAAUCAACGAAAAGACCAUCAGGCCAUCGACAUUUAAAACCCACAUGUCAAAGGGUUUUAGUUACGAUAAGAGGAAAUGGAAGAAUGACUCGUUUGUCUUACUCAUAAACCUGUAACGUCAGUUUUCCGUAAACAGUCUGUAUGUAAGACAUUCUUUGUCCAGGUGUAAUGCAGGUCAACAAACCAACAUGUACUCUGUACUCUUAUUCUGACAAAUUCAUUGUACUUAACUCAUACUGACAAAGGAUCUACAACAUAAAAUCACAGACAUUGGGACUUCACAUGAUAACUCAGAAUGAGGAAUUUCAACAACACAAGAUUAUCCAAUCGUGCUGAUGUUUACACUCAGUGGAGAGAUGUAAUUCAAACUCCCAAACUCUGAUACAGUAUGACCAACAUCGUGGACACAAUGUCAAUGACUAACGACAGUACCACAAUGGCCAAUGAUGCUGCAUCAAUUUACCUCAACUACAACACGACAGGAACAAACAUCCUCAACUGGACAACCAGCAGUAAUGUCAGUGGAAUCCCUUCUAACGAGACAGUUGUCAUGGUGGCAACCGCUGCCGACGCCCAAUGGGCAAAGGUGAUCUACACGUACUUAGGGCCGAGUAUUUGUGCCUUUGGUAUACUGUGUAACAUUCUAAACUUGAUUGUGUUGAUGCAACACCAGCUGAAAGAGUCGCCCUACACAUAUCUUACGGGACUUGCCUUCACUGACCUUGGUGCUCUGCUUCUCUCUUUCCUCUACAUGGUGUUCUCACACAAGAACCAAAGUGCAUACUUCUGGCGUUUUUUCGAAGCACACAUAUUCAUUCCAUUUGUGAAUAUUUGCACCAACUCUAGUGUGUGGAUCGUUGUACUACUCACUAUCGAGAGGUUUCUCUUUGUGCGCCAUCCACUGUGGGCAAAAGCUACAUGUGACCGCACCAGUGCUAAGGUAAAAAUUGUCUGCAUUAUACUUCUAAUUCUAGCACUAAACAUUCCGAGAUUCCUUGUGUUUAAAGUGAGCUACGAUUCUAAUGGAACGCCAUUCCUCAACUCCACAGUAUUCCGUAAAAGUGACACUUAUCAUGCCAUCAACUGGGUUUACGCACUUGUCAUCAAUUUCAUUCCACUGGUGAUCCUCAGCACUGCCAAUAUCUACCUGGUGGUGGCCGUCAAGAGAGCGAGCAUCCAGAGGGAGGUUCUACAGAUAAGGAACAAUAAGGAAGCCGCAUGGCAGCGCGAACAGAUGCGACUCACCAUCACUCUCAUAAGUAUAGUAUUUCUAUUUAUAAUUUGCAUUAUUCCAUCUGCCUUCGUAGACUUUCCGAUUGCGUAUGCACUCUUUGGCGAAGGCUACACACAGACAGAAUUUCGUCGUCUUGCAUCAUAUCGAAUUAGUGGCUACAUCAGCAAUCUACUUGUAUGGUGUAAUCUCUCAAUCAACUUCGUCCUUUACUGUGCAUUCAACAAUAAAUUUCGCCGUGUAAUGUGCUGGACCUUUCAAAAUUUUUUUCACUUUCGUCGCAAGGAUGGCUCUUUUUUAUUAUUAGUCAAUUUCAAAAACGGACAUUCCAUAACACGCAACAACAGCAGCCAAACCAACAGUAUGAGCAUGCAGACGAAGGUGUCAUCGCUCUCUCCGGAGGCCCUCAUCAGGGCAGAGAAGUUGGAUGGCAAGAAGACCUCUCUGACAGCCACUCUGUAUGAAAAGCCAGAGCCUCUGUCUGAUAAUGAAAAGGACAAUGAAAAAGAGUGAGUCACAUGCCAGUCAUGUGAUGGACAUGUGACACAUAUGAGUCUAAUGAAGGUUAUUUUAAUUGAGUGGGCCAGAACUGGACCAUAUCAGAUAUACUACUUCUGAGGAUAAGUAACAUUGUAGUGUAACUCGUUUGAAGAUGCUGUUAUGUAAUGAUGUGUAGAGACACAGAUCAAGUGCUAUAAGGAUUGUGUAAUGAUGUGUAGAGACACAGAUCAAGUGCUUUAAGGAUCUAUCCCAGUGAAAGCUUAAUUGGCAAGGACAUUUAAUGGUGGUGAUGUCAUUAUAAACUGUGUACAAGUUUAUCAGUUCAAAAAAACGUCUAUUGUGAACAUGCAGUGAUGAAUGAAGAACUGUAUGAUGAUGUCAUCAAUAUGUGUAAGUAAUGAGCUCUUGAAUAGAUGAUGUCAUCAGUGAGUGUAUACCAUGAUGAUUCAGGUGGAAUAUUAAUAACUGUAUUGUUGUGUUGAGUUGAGCCAUAAAAUUACAUCAUCAGCAUAAAUGUGUAGCAUGAUGAACUGCCCACAAUGAUGACUUGUAGACUAAUGAUGUCAUCAAUAACUGUGUACCCUGAUGAGCUUAAUGAAAUAUGAUAUGUCAUCAACAAAUGUGUAUCAUUAUGAAGUAUGAACUAUAUGAUGAUGUCAUCAAUAAUUGUGUACCAUAUUUACAUAUGAACAAUGAUGUUGUCAUCAAUAACUGUGUACCAUACUGAAAAGUGAACUAUGAUGAUGUCAUCAAUAAUUGUGUAUCAUAUAAUGAAAUGUGAACAAUGAUGAAGUCAUCUAUAAUUGUGUAUCAUACUGAAAUGUGAACUAAUUGAUGUCAUCAAUAAUUGUGUGUCAUAUUGAAAUGUGAACUAUGAUGUCAUCAAUAAUUGUGUGUCAUACUGAAAUGUGAGCUAUGAUGAUGUCAUCAAUAAUUGUGUACUGUGAUGAUGCAAACAUUUCUACCUGUAUUAUACAUGUGAAUGUGCCUCAGAAACAAAUUAAUACAAUAUAACCUACUGAUGUAUUAUCAUGUCAGCAAAUAGACUCUCACUUAUGUGCAUUUAUAAAACUUUCAAAUGCCUAUAAUCAGUAAUGUCAUAGAUUAUGUUAUUAUAAGUAAUUUUGUAAGAUUUAUGAUCUAAACUAUCAAAAUAUUUUAUUGUAAUUGAAGGAUCUUUUCUAUAGAAUAACGAUACAAAUAUGAAUUGAUUGCCCACUGAAUUAAGUAUUGGUUUAACCCAUUUUGUUGUAUAAUUAUAUAUCUGACAUAUGUACAUAAGAGUAUUUUUAUUGUCUAUAGAUAUUAUAUAUGUUCCCACAAUGUUUCAGAUCCUCAUUGUUGUUGUAGGUCAUUAGAGUAAAUAAAGCCCUUUUGUUGUUCCA